ACUGAUGAUUGCAAGAGAAGAUAGACUUUCCCAGGACGACGAAUGAUAAUGAAUGAAAUACAAGUGACCUGCCAAAGAUCACACAGCAGAUUUUGACGACCCUUCUUUAAAUCCCCAACAAAAAGUCCAAGGGAGCGAAACGACUUCGAUUUGGAGCGAAAUGACUGGGGGCGAAAAAGUCAGUAGGAACGACAUCAGCGCCUCUAGUGUCAAGAUUGCGGCCGCCCCUCGUUGCGAAAUUUGUAUCAAAAUGGCGGUCAGCAGCCAGGAAACAACGAAAAUUGAUGAUAAAAUAGCAGAUUUUGACGAUCUUAAGAAUCAAGUCACCAGUAAAUUACACAAAAGAGAACAGGAGAGGUUAGAAGAUGUUGAAAAGAAACGAUCUGAAAAAGAAUACGAGUCCUCUGCGAAAGAAACGACCGAUUUCUUCAACGAAAAUUUUACAAAAGAGCGGGUGUGUAUAGAAAAUGAACUGGCCCAGACACCGGGACUGACUAAACCGGCUUUGCAAAAUCACUUUGACAAGCUGAUGAUUUCAGUGCAGAAUCUACAGAAGUUUGUGUCGGAUUCCACUAUGUUUCUUCCCUCGUACGAAGUGAGGCACGCUCAGGAUUCCCUCUCUAAAUUGCAGAAUGAAAUAACCGAAAAACGUGAUGAACUUUUGCCAAAGAAAAAGUUUGCUUUUAAGGCAAAAAAGAAGGUUGCAGAGAAAGGUGAUGUGACAAAACCAGAUGUUGUUGAUGGAAAGAAAAAAGAGUUUGUAAAUGUCGCUCAUGGAGAUUGUGGUUUCAAGGAUUUGAGUGACGAAACCUUGUCCCUUUCUUCAACCGAGAUUAAUGCUAAGGAUGUUGCACUCUCUAGACUAAUGAACUGUAAAAUCGUCCUUAAAGGAGCACCAAGUACUGUUCAUGUUGAUAAGCUCUCCAAGUGUACAAUGCUGUGUGGUCCUGUCUCGGGUUCUAUAUUUGUGAAUGACUGCACUGACUGCACCUUCGUGAUAGCAUGCCAGCAGCUUCGUACGCAUUCAACAACGAGAACUUCCUUCUAUCUUCAUGUUACUAGCAGAGGAAUCAUCGAGGAUUGCAAUGGUGUUACAUUUGCCCCUUACAACCUUGAAUAUCCAGGGUUAGAUGAACACUAUUUAGUUGCAGGACUAGAUAGAGCGAGGAAUAGCUGGGAUGACAUUGAUGACUUUAAUUGGUUGGCAAGUGAUAAACGUUCCCCGAAUUGGAGUUUAAUCCCAGAAAAUGAGAGAACAAAAUCUUGGAUGUGACUCCUCAAAAUGUAUCUGAAUCAUGCAGUCUUUUAAAAAAGACUCAUGGACUGUUUCAAAGUCAAACUCUACCUUGUUAUAACACCCAAAUAAGGAUGUACCAAAAACUACCAAAACAAUUCUAAUGUUUACGUUCCUAAUGUUAAAUCAAUCCUAAUGCUUACAAAAAAUUCAUAACCUCAUGUAUUAGAAUCAUAAAUUAUUGGUUGUAUCAGUAUGUGUUUUGUUGUUGCCAACUUCAAGCCAUUGCAAUACUGACAGCUUUCCAGAAACUUGGUGUACCUUGUAUUGUGCCACAUGCACCUUAAUGUUAGAAGUCUAUUGCGGACAUUUUAUUGUUUUAUUCUGUAUCAAUUAUGUCCUUCAAAAUCACAAUUUUUGUACAUUUGUGACUGGGCUGUAAUCAAGGGGAUUUAAAAAUAAAUUCAU